AUGGCACCGACUCGCAAGGCCAAGAAGGGCUUGCUCGGCUCAGCCAGUACGAGUGACAAUGCAGCAGCGAGCUCAAGCGGGAAGAAAGCGCAGGUGCGCAAGGCCGACUGGAAGGAAGGCUUCAAGAAAAAGACCGCCGGCGUAUCUGACAUGACCUUACUUUCGACCAUCUCCAACGAGACGAUCAAUGACAAUCUCCGGAAACGCUAUGAGAAUGCUGAGAUCUACACUUACAUUGGUCACGUCUUGAUCUCCGUCAAUCCGUUCCGCAUGCUGCCCAUCUACAACAACGCGACGCUUCAUUCCUACCGGGGCAAGAACAGAUUGGAGAUGCCCCCACAUGUCUACGCCGUCUCCGAGUCUGCCUACUACAACAUGACAUCCUAUAACCAGAACCAGUGUGUCAUCAUCUCCGGAGAGUCUGGUGCAGGCAAGACCGAAGCGGCAAAGCGCUUCAUAGAGUAUACUGUCGAGGUCUCAAAGCAAAACGCGGCUGGCUCGAGCAAGGCGAGUCGCAUCAACGAAAUGGUGCUUGCCACACAACCUCUGCUCGAAUCAUUCGGAUGCGCAAAGACACUCCGCAACAACAAUUCGAGUCGACACGGCAAAUAUCUUGAAAUCGAAUUUGACGCCGCGGGCGUGCCUAUCGGUGGCAUCAUCACGAAUUAUCUGCUCGAAAAGUCAAGAGUGGUCGGACAAAUCGACGACGAGCGGAAUUUCCACAUCUUCUACCAGCUCACGAAAGCAGCAACGCCUGCUCAGCGAGAGGCAUACGGCCUUCAGGGUCCAGAAGCCUAUGCUUACACUUCCCGAUCUCGUUGCUUUGACGUGCCCGGCAUUGACGAUGUUCAAGAUUUCAGAGGUACACUGGAAGCCAUGAAUACCGUCGGACUUACUGCGGCAGAGCAAGACGAAAUCUUCCGAGCGCUUGCGACUGUUCUAUGGCUCGGCAAUGUCUCAUUCGUCGAGGAUCAGGAGGGAAAUGCAGCGAUCAAGGAUCAAAGUGUGCCCGACUUUGUGGCGUACUUGCUGCAAGUCGAUCCGGCUGCGGUCUCUAAAGCGCUCACCAGUCGUGUCAUAGAAGCCCAACGAGCUGGUCGCAGAGGAUCAGUCUACGAUGUCCCACUCAAUCCGGCGCAAGCCUCAGCUGUUCGAGAUGCUCUUGCAAAAUCUAUCUACGAGCGAUUGUUCGAAUGGCUUGUGACGAGGGUCAAUCAGUCAAUGAAGUCUCCUCCAGGCGCUACCCAAAGAAUUAUUGGCGUGCUCGAUAUCUACGGCUUCGAGAUCUUCAAAGACAAUUCAUAUGAACAGCUUUGUAUCAAUUACGUUAACGAACGACUUCAGCAGAUCUUCAUCGAACUGACGCUCAAGCGAGAGCAAGAGGAAUACGAUCGUGAGCAGAUCAAGUGGACGCCAAUUUCCUAUUUCAACAACAAGAUUGUUUGCGAUCUUAUUGAUGGCAAGCGACCGCCUGGCGUCUUUGCUGCUCUCAACGACGCAUGUGCGACUGCGCACGCCGACCCAACGGCUGCAGACUCUUCUUUCGUUCAGCGCAUGGGCAUGCUCUCCGCUCAUAAACACUUUGAAGGUCGCGGCGAUAAGUUCCUCAUCAAGCACUAUGCUGGCGACGUCACGUACAAUAUCGCCGGCAUGACGGACAAGAACAAGGACGUCCUCUCCAAGGACUUGCUAGAUCUUGUCAACUCGAGCGGCAAUCCUUUCUUCCAUACUCUCUUUCCCGAUCAUAUCGAUCCCAAUUCGAAGAAGCGGCCGCCUACAGCCAGCGACAAGAUCACCUCAUCCGCCAAUGCGCUCGUCGAGAAGCUCAUGCGAUCGGAACCGAGCUAUAUCCGUACGAUCAAGCCAAACGAGAACAAGAGUCCCUCAGAAUUCAAUACUGCCAAUAUUCUGCAUCAAAUCAAAUAUCUCGGUCUGCAAGAGAACAUUCGCGUCCGUCGCGCUGGUUUUGCGUACCGCAACACGUUUGAAAAGAUGGUCGAGCGGUUUUAUCUCCUCUCACCCGCAACUUCGUAUGCCGGCGACUAUAUCUGGAACGGCGACUCGCGUUCCGGCUGUGAACGUAUACUCAAGGACACAGGUAUUGCUCGUGAGGAAUGGCAGAUGGGGACUACCAAGGCCUUCAUCAAGAACCCAGAAACACUCUUCUUUCUCGAACACAUGCGGGAUAGGUAUUGGCAUAACAUGGCGGCGAGGAUCCAGCGUGCGUUCAGGAACUACAUGCGUUACAAGCACGAAUGCGCCAAUCGAAUACAAAGGUUCUGGAAGAACAAGAAAGAAGGGCUCGCAUAUGUUCAGCUGCGUGACUAUGGCCACACGGUGCUCGCAUCGCGUAAAGAACGCAGACGGUUCAGCUUGAUCAGUAUGCGGCAGUUCCGAGGCGACUAUCUCGAUGUCAAUGGUCGUAGUGCCCAGGGCACCAUGCUGAGGCAAGCCUGCGGUCUAGGCAACGAAACUGUCGCAUUCAGCACAACUAUACAUCUGCUGGUGUCUAAGCUCGGCCGCUCGAGCAAGCCCAGCCCACGAUACUUCGUAUUGACUGAUAAAGCAGCCUACAUCUGCAUCACGCAGCUUGUGCAGGGGCGUGCGACGACAUCAGUUGAGCGCAAGAUACCCCUCGUGACGAUAUCUGCAGUUGCUUCCUCUACACUGCGCGAUGACUGGGUAGCACUACGCUUACAGUCAUCUGUCGAGGGCGAUCUUCUGUUCUCCUGUCUUCUCAAGACCGAACUGAUCGUGCACCUAUUACAACGCACCAACGGCAACAUCAGCGUCACCGUAGCACCCUCUAUCGAAUACAGCAAGAAGAAAGACAAGAAGGCGAUCAUACAGUUCAAGAAGGACGAGACCAUCAGACGUGACGAUGUCUACAAGAGCUCAAUCGUGUCUGUGUCGACAGGCGAGCCUGCGGCCUCCGUCUCGCGACCGCCUGCUCAACGUAAACCGGGCGUUGCCAGACCCAUCACAUCUGGCAAACUGCUCCGCGCUGGUGGUCCAGACAAACCUCGGCCGAAGCAGGCACCGAAGCCACAAGUGCGCGAGCUGCCUGGUGCGACAAAGCCCUUACCGCCGCCUGCUCUUGCCGGCAUAAUGUCCGGCGCGAUCCCUCUAGCGCCUCCAGCGCCAGUAGCUGCCAGUAGAACGCCCGUUGCUCCCACGCCUCCUGCUGAUCCUAUGCUGAAGACCGCACCAGCCAGCAAUCCGUUACGCGCAGCUGCGCCGGCGAUCAAGCCGGUGACACCGAAAGCACCUGCUGCACCCAUGGCGUCGCUCAAUGGGGCGCUACCGAAGCCACCCCCGCCACCGCCUGCAGCGCGCGCUCCACCACCGCCGCCUGCACCGCCCGCAAAGCCGAUGCUGAAGGCGCUUUACGAUUUUGCCACGACCGAGACAGGCGAGCUCAACUUGACCAAGAACGAGCAAUACGAACUCGUACAGAAAGACGACAACGGCUGGUGGCUCGUCAAAAAGAAUGGAGCCGAGGGCUGGGCGCCUUCAAAUUACUUGGCAGAGGUCAAGAAGCCUACGCCGGCGCCGAAACCUGCUGCCCGACCUAAUGGCACCACUACGCCAAAACCCGCAGUAGGCGCAAAGCCUGGCACUGCGACACCUCCCGUCAAAGCCAACGGAGCUGGACCUGGUCAGUUGGAUCUUGCUGCCGCACUAGCCAAGCGACAAGCGCAGAUGAACGGCAAUUGAUUGGAAUGAAUUGCAUUAGCUUGACGCGCUCCUGGGAUCUUGCGCGUAGUCUCCGCCGCGGCGUGAUGCUAGUGUCCAUUCUUAUCAGCAUAUCUCGUAUCUCCGCAGCCACUGCUUCGAUCAACGAUCCGGCUCUGACUAUUCGACCACGCAGCGAUGAGCUACUGUUCACGUGGGAUCUUUGGUGUCGGUUCGAUGCAGGAGCGUUUUGGCCGAACUGAUCGCCCUCAAAGCUGCCGUUCAGGUCGAUUGCGAGACCGAAAGUCAUCCGCUGAUGGGCUACUUGGACUUUGAUGAUGCCAAACCGAGCAAUAUCAGUCUCUUUCGCACAGCCACUGGCCGCUAUGUCUGCAGACCCGGCAAACAGGCAGAACUGGCAUACUUGAUGCAGGGAAUGUGCUAAUGCAGCAUCUCAGGUGUCCGAGCCGUUCUUCCAAUUUGACCUUGAGCCAGCUGUGGUCAUGCCAGACGAGCUUCAGCUUCCUGUGCACC